AUGCUUCAUGAACAGGAUUUUCUGGAAAGCCUUGGUACUAUUUUGAUGGGUUCCUAUUCAGUUCGAUCCACAAUAAUCGGCGCAAUCUUAAUGGAUAAGAGUGGCAGAAGACCACUUCUAAUGGUAGGAGAAACUGGAGAUUCUAUAGGCUGCUUUAUGGCUGCGACAUCAUUCUAUUUGAAGGGAAAUGGACUAUAUGCCGAGUGGGUACCAAUGUUUGCUCUUUGCGGCAUUCUGGUAUAUAUGGGCUCAUUCUCGAUCGGAAUGGGAGCUGUCCCUUGGGUUAUAAUGUCAGAGAUAUUCCCAAUCAAUGUGAAAGGAAUUGGUGGCAGUCUAGUGACUCUUGUCAACUGGUUUGGUUCAUGGGCAAUUUCCUACACUUUCAAUUUCCUCAUGGAUUGGAGCUCAGCAGGUAAUUUUUAUCUUUUUCUGGGAGUCUGUGCAGUAACAGUUUUGUUUGUCGCAAGAGUAGUGCCAGAAACUAAAGGCCGAACAUUGGAAGAGAUUCAAGCAUCAAUGAGUUCUCAAAUAUGAAAACUAACAAGGAAUAUCAUUGUAAGUGUGUAUCAUCAUCAUCAUCAUCAUCAUCAUCUAUCGUAGCUGCAUUUUCAGUAGUACCACGUCAAAUUUGUUCAAGAAAAGUA